CGAUCCUUGAUUCGAAGAUAAUUGAGGUAUGUUUAUUUUUUUUCAAGGAAAAAUGGAGGUUACGAAUUAACCUCGUGUGCCUUCCUUGUUGCAAAACGCAAAAUAACUUGCCGGUUGUACUUUUAUUUCUGUUGUGAAAUAUAAAAGUUCCACUUCGUGAUUAUUAUAAAAAUUAUAUAGUUGAUUUUACAUUGAAUAGUCUGUCCCCCAGUUUCGUUUAUUAUGUAUGAUUACGUGAGGACGCGUAGGGUUUUGUUUAUUCAUGUUUACUCCAUUGGUACAGAGGUCUUUUUUGUGUGUAUUCUAUGUUUUAUCUCUAUAUACUUAUGAGAUUCGGAUAGGUGGCAUGAAUUCACCAAUUUUAUUGUGCGAUUGAUUGAAUCGAGAAAAAUUGUUUUGUGAGAUUACUUAAGAACAAAGUCAUGGUCAUGGAAACCCCAAGCCCACAGUGUGUUGGCCGAGAGUUUGUUAGGCAAUAUUACACCUUGCUUAAUGAGGUCCCACUGCAUUUACAUAGAUUCUACAGUCACAACUCGAGCUUUGUUCAUGGAGGAGUGGAAAAACCAGGAGAAGAGCAGCCCCCAGUUGUUGGUCAGGCAGAGAUCCACAAAAAGAUCAUGUCUCUGAAUUUCCGUGACUGCCAUGCUAAGAUUCGGCAAGUGGAUAGUCAGGCAACUGUUGGAAAUGCUGUGGUGGUUCAGGUAACUGGAGAACUGUCGAAUAAUGGACAGCCAAUGAGAAGGUUCAUGCAGACCUUUGUGUUGGCUCCUCAGUCACCAAAGAAGUACUAUGUUCACAAUGACAUAUUCCGUUACCAGGAUGAGGUUUUCCAUGAUGACAGCGACAUUGAGAACCAAGAGGAAGAUUCUGAUGUUGAAAACAUGGCAUCCAAUUCAAAUGUUCAGGAAAACAUUCAAGAUCCAGGAGUGCAGAAUUACUAUGAGCCGCCCCCACCUUUGAGUAAUGGAACAUCUCACUUGGAAGAUCGUGUGGACUCCCCCUCACAAAAGUCAGUCGAGGAAGAAAAGGAAGAAGAGCUCGAGCAAGAGCAAACUUAUGAGGAAAAGGAGAUGAUUGAUGAGGAGGUUCCAGUAGAACAGGAACCUGAGGCACAGGAAGAAGAACCACAGAACAUGGGGGAGCCAAAACCUUUUUCUUGGGCAGCCUUGGCCAGUAAGAACACCUCCUCUGGUCCAAUUGGUCAACAAUCUACAAUGCCAUCUCCACCACAGCAGAAGACAUCUGGUGGCACAGGUUUCCGACAAGAGCAAGGAGCUGGCCCACAACCACAGAGAACUCAAAGAUCUAGAGAAAGAAGAGACAGAGACCGCCUUAGUGCCAGCAGAGAUGAUGGAGAUAUUGAUCCCCAAAACAACAGAAGACUUGGAGGAGGGGGUGGAGGGGGGCCUCCUUCACGAUUCCCAGACAGUCAUCAGUUGUUUGUUGGAAAUCUCCCAAAUAAUGUUUCAGAAUCUGAACUUCGAGACUUCUUUGAGAAACAUGGUAAUGUUGUUGAAGUAAGAAUUAAUGCGAAGAGCGUUCCUGGCAAAUUACCAAACUUUGGAUUUGUGGUAUUUGACAGUCCUACACCAGUUGGAGAUAUCUUAAGAAUGCGACCCCUGAUGUUCAGAGAGAAUCAUCGACUGAAUGUGGAAGAGAAAAAGCCAAAGGAAGGUAGACCAUCAAGUGGGAGAGGAGGUGGGCCGCCACGUGGCAUGAUGGGACGUGGAGCAAUGGGAAAUUCAGGACGAGGAGGAAUGCGUGGUGGAAUGGGAGCUCGUUCUGAGAGAGGCAGCAUGGGGGGUCGGGGUGGGAUGGGAGGGCCUAGAAGAUGAAGAUAGUGUGAAGUAUUAGUGGUGCUGUAGGAAGGUAUGCAAUUCUGACGUUGAAGAGCAUUAAAUGCACCAUGGUUCCUGUGCAAUCUGCAAAUGUUGGUUGUGUGAAAGAGAGAGUGACUUUAAUUUAUCACAGCAACUGAUAGCAAAAAAAAAAAAUUUGUGUGAAGUAUUUUGGGCUGGGGUUCCCAUGACCUACAUUUUAUGUGUUGUAAGAUCUGUGUUAUCAUUACUGUAAUAAAUUAGUCACAUAACUUCAUGUGAUGGUGAUGAUGUAUAUAUGAGUGUAUAAAACAGAGUACAAUGGACGGGUCUCAGUCUACCAUGUAUUUAUUUAUAACACAUACAGAAUUGCAUAUUUUCUGUAACAUAUUCUCUGCAUAUGGUGAAACAAUGCUUUAGGGUUCUAUCAUUUACUACAUAGGCAUAAUGAUUUCAAGGAAGGUUAUUUGAAACCUUAUUUUAUCUUGCAAAAUGAUUUUUCUUUUAGUGUUUUGAUGUUUAAAAUGUUCAAUUUUUUUUUAUGUUUCCAUUAUUGAGAGUUUUUCUAUGCAAGGUGAUUUGUCAUGGUUUGAAACGAAUCAUUUCUGUACUGAACAUCAUUUGCAAGAAAUGCAUUACUGAAAAAUAAAGUUUUACAAAGUAAAGAUUUGUAUCAAUAUAACUUAGUGCUCAUAUUUAUAUAAAUCUGAGGUAGUACAUUUUUGUUUUGAUAUGUAUGAUAAUAAUGGCUACAUUCCUGUGUAAGUCAGCAGUUGUACUAGUCCCAAAGCAGGUGGUGCAGGUCCUCUCUAUUUUCCCCUAGUCGCACACCAACAAAAUAAGUAAAACUUUCACUUCAUGUGAGAAUCAUCCAAACACUUGGUAUGGCUUCUUUCCUAUUUUCUAUUUUCUUUCAUUUGUUGCUGUAGUGUUAGACUGAGGGGAUCGGCAUGUUAUUUUCUGUCCAUAGUGACCAUAAUGAAUGUUAAAUAAGAAUAGUACAAUAUUUAAAUAAAACAAUGCUAUCAGAAUGCCAUUAGUCUUUCAAGAUUUAAUCUCGAUGUGUUAAAUAGUUAGUACAUAUUGAAAUUUUCACCAUUUUCAGUUUGGUAUUUUUAUAUAUC